AUGGCCAGGGACCGUCGAGACGAUCAAGCCAGUGAGAUUUGCAUAACCGGGGUCGUGAUCAUACCCGGCAAGUGUGAUGCCGCUUGGGAGAAUCGCAACCUUUGCCGGCGGGAAGACCCUUCUUCCGGUUGGGCUGCCACUGCCACCGACGGGGAUGACAAGUCGACGUCGGGGUCGACAGAGACCGCCGCGUUGCGUCUUGUGUUUUUGCUGCCAUUGGCUGCUCCUGCCUUGGCCCCGACGAUGCUCACUCGGAUUGCAUCGUCCGAGAUACUCAGUCGGCCUGUUGUCCUUACAGAUGGAAGCUCUCGCAGUAAGCCGAGUGUUGUCGACCGGGAAACGCUGGAUGUCAUUGUCGUUGAGCAGACGUUCCCCUCAUCUUCAUGGCUGCGGGCAGGGCCAGUUUCCAGUAGCACCGACGCCGUGGCAGAGGCUCCAACUGCAUUGCUCAAGCCCAUGCUCCCAAUUUCACAUGGCUUCACGCCAAAUGAACAGAGCGUGCUCUCACUCGUCCACCGCACCACACAGCUCCCGCGUGCAUUGACUUUAAGGGUCUAA